AUGGGUAGUUCUCAAUCUUUUCCAAAACUUAGUAAAGAGGAAACUAAGAUAUUUUUAGACGGAGGAUACAGCGAAAUCCCAUAUAAAGUCCCUAAGGAUAACAAAAUACAAAUAAUUAACGCUUCAUGUAACAAAAUACAGAAAUUACCGCAAAAUUUGUCAAAUUUAGAAAUUUUAGUCCUCAGUGAAAAUGGAUAUGUUGAGGUUCCUCAGCAGGUGGUCGAAGUAAUUUCAACGUGUCCACUCUUGAGAAUGAUUUGUUUGUCUUUUAAUAAAUUAACUAGUCUACCGCAUAGUAUUUUAAUGCUCAAAAGCUUAAGAUGGUUAGAAUUGAUGCAAAAUAAAAUAGAACAUAUUGAUUUUGGACUACUCGAUAUUGAAUCAGUCGACAUAUCUUCAAAUUACCUAAAUAGACUUCCUCUAUUCCCUUCAACGCUUACUAAUUUCAAUGUCGACUACAAUUACGUUCAAAAUGUCAAAAUUAAUUUACCAAAUUUAACAAGAUUUUCGAUCAAAAUGAAUAAAGUUUCUAAUUUUAUAUUCAAACAAUCUGCUCCCUCAUUAACUCGCAUAGACAUCUCGAUGAACGAUCUCCAGGAGCUCCCAAACUUCGAGGAAUAUUGUCCUGCGCUUGAAAUUUUGGAUGUUUCAAACAACUACAUUAAAACAUUCCCAAAACUGCCGAUUUCAAUUACAGAGCUUUACAUUUACGAUAAUUUAAUCGAAGAAAUCCCAGAAGAAAUUUCAAAUCUUGAAUGUCUAUCAAAACUUGAUGCUCAUGAGAAUAAGAUCAAGAAGAUUCCGAAAUUACCUCAUUCUCUUACAAGUUUGGAGCUUUACGAAAACGAAAUUGAAGAAAUCGAAGAUGAUGAGCUUCCAAACUUGUUUUUGGCCAAUCUCGUUAGGAACAAAAUCAAAGUAUUCCCAAAGAUGUUGAAGAAUGUCCCUAAAUGUUAUAUAUUUAACAAUGAAAUUUCUGAAAUUCCAAACGAAAAUUUGGGAGACAAGCUUAGUUUCAUCAAUUUUGCGAAGAAUAGCUUAACAGAUAUACCUCAGUCUUUGCUUAAUUACAAAAAUAUGUCUCAAGUUCAUUUUCAAAGUAAUAAAAUCAAGAAAUUUCCAGAGGAGUUCAAAAGCAUGGCACCAGAGUUCUUAGGAUUAUCUUUAAAUCCUCUUGAAAGUGUAGAUAAUGUUCCUACAACUCCCAAAGUGCUUGCAAUGGGAUAUUGCGGGAUUAAUUCACUUCCAACCAUAGAACUAUUCAAAUCUUUGGAAGUUGUCCAUUUUCCAGGUAAUAGUUUGACAGAAUUUCCUUUCAUUCCGUUGUUGAAGGAAGCUUAUUUGUCAAGAAACAAAAUCAAGCAGUUUCCAAAGUUUCCUGAAAACAUGGAAGUCAUAGACCUUUCCUUUAACGAAAUUGCAGAUACUGCUGAGCUCUAUUUCCCUAUUCUCGAAGAUUUGGACAUAUCUCACAACAGAAUUUCCCAACUUUCAAACAUUUCCCUUCCGAAAGUUGUUUCUUUGAAGAUAUCUGAUAAUCCCAUUGCUCAAACCCUUGUAUAUGGCCAGUUCCCGCUGUUAGAAAAUGUUGAUAUCUCAAAUACCAAAGUCAAAUUCAGCGAAAAGGUUCCUGAUUCUAUCAGGGAAAUCAUCAGCAGUGUUGGAGAACCAUCCAUACAAAGGAAAGUAUUCCCCAAGUGCCAGUGGGUCGGAGUUUCUGAAAUGAAAGGAAUCAGACCAACGCAAGAAGAUGCCGUUAUAUGUUAUCCGUUCGCUCCAAAUGGAAUCCAUAUAUUUUCUGUGCUUGAUGGCCACGGAGGAUCGAAAACUUCGAACUUUGCUGCGUGUGACUUGUUUAAUAACCUUUCUAAACUUGAGAAGGUCGAUGAAAAUACGCUGUCAGGAUCUGUAUCAGCAACACUUAAAUCCCUCAAAGCGCAGCACUUCAACGAUGGCUCUACAAUGGCAUUAGCCGUAAUUACACCUAAUAGACACAUUUUUUCAUGUCACUUAGGUGAUUCCAGGACCAUUGUUGUACGCCGCGAUGGCUCCAUUAGCCAUUUUACUAAAGAUCACAAACCAGAUGAGAAAUCCGAAGUUAAAAGAGUUCUCAGUCAGCAUGGAUUUAUUCUAAAGCACCGUGUUAUGGGACUCCUUGCUGUUUCCAGCUCUCUUGGCGAUUUUGAAGUGGUUGGAAUCGGACAUCAGCCUGUAAUUAGAGAAUGGGUGAUAGAUGAGUCCGACAAAUGGCUUGUCAUAUGUUGUGAUGGAGUAUUUGACGUUCUAACAAACGAAGAAGUGGGGAAAAUUUGCCAAAAUGCAACAUCGGCUUCAGCAUUAGCAUAUGAUAUUAAGAAUAUUGCCUUUGAGCUUCUUAGCCAGGAUAAUAUAUCAUGUAUAGCCGUGGACCUUGAGAAUAUGGCAUUCUCAAAUUAA